GCUUUGGCGGAGCAUGAGGAUGAGCUCCCAGAGCACUUCAAACCUUCCCAGCUCAUCAAAGACCUCGCCAAAGAGAUCCGCCUCAGCGAGAAUGCCUCCAAGGCCGCCCGACCCGAAGUGACCCCGGCCAUCUCCUCAGAUGAAGUCUGUUUUGGGGACCGGGAGAAAGAGGAGCCCCCAUCUCCUAUUGAGGCCAGUCCUCCUCGGUCCUUCCUGGAGAAAGUAUCCAAAAAAAAGACUCCCAAAACCGUGAAGAUGCCCAAGCCAUCCAAAGUUCCCAAACCCCCCAAGCCCCCCAAGCCCCCGAAGCCCCCCAAAUCACUGAAGCUCAAGGAUGGGGGCAAGAAGAAAGGGAAAAAGUGCAGGGGGGCAGCCUCACCCACCAUCCCCAACCUGGACCUGCUGGAGGCCCACACCAAGGAGGCGCUGACCAAGAUCGAGCCUCCCAAGAAAGGCAAGGCCACAAAGAGUGUCCUGAGUGUGCCCAACAAGGAGGCGAUCAGCUCGCAGAAUGACGUGGAGAGGCUAGAAAUCCGAGAGCAAACUAAGAGCAAGUCAGAAGCCAAGUGGAAGUACAAGAACAGCAAACCUGACUCCCUGCUGAAGAUGGAGGAAGAGCAGAAGUUGGAGAAGUGUCCUCUGUCAGGGAGCAAGGACCCCAAGUUCUCGUUUUCCUUCAACAAGAGACUGCUGGGCUCCAAGGCCCUCAAGCCACAGCCCAGCCCAGGCGUGUUUGGGGCCGUGCAGAGCUUCAAGGAGGACAAGCCCCAGCCAGUGCGGGACGAGUACGAGUACGUGUCGGAUGACGGGGAGCUCAAGAUCGAUGAGUUUCCCAUCAGGAGGAAGAGGAGCACCCCCAAGAGAGAUUUGUCUUUCUUGCUGGACGGGAAGGAGCCUCUGGCCACGCCCGCUACGAAGCCAAAGCUGGACUCGGCACUCUACAAGCAGAGUGACGGCUCCUCUGACGAGGGCUCGCUGCAUAUCGAUACAGACUCCAAGCCCGCCCGCAGCGCCAAAGGGAAGAAGGAGGGCGUGGGCUCGGCCGCGGGCAUCCUGGACCUGCUGCAGGCCAGCGAGGAGGUCGGCGCGCUUGAGUACAACCCCAGCAGCCAGCCCCCGGCCUCCCCCAGCACGCAGGAAGCCAUUCAGGGAAUGCUGUCCAUGGCCAACCUGCAGGCCUCUGACUCCUGCCUGCAGACCACGUGGGGCGCCGGCCAGGCCAAGGGCAGCUCACUGGCGGCCCACGGUGCCCGGAAGAACGGGGGUGGCGGCAAGAGCGCGGGCAAGCGGCUGCUGAAGAGGGCGGCCAAGAACAGCGUGGACCUGGACGAUUACGAGGAGGAGCAGGACCACCUGGACGCCUGUUUCAAGGACUCGGACUACGUUUACCCCUCCCUGGAGUCUGACGAGGACAGUCCGGUCUUCAAGUCCCGGUCCAAGCGGAGGAAAGGCUCUGACGACGCUCCCUACAGCCCCACAGCGAGGGUCGGCCCAUCGGUUCCAAGGCAGGACAGGCCUGUGCGUGAGGGCACCAGAGUGGCCUCCAUCGAGACCGGGCUGGCAGCUGCCGCAGCCAAGCUGUCCCAGCAGGAGGAGCAGAAGAGCAGGAAGAAGAAGAACACCAAAAGGAAGCUGGCUCCCAACACUCCCUCCCCCUUGGCCUCCACCAGCACCACCUCGGCCUCCACCACCCCGGCCUCCACCACCCCGGCCUCCACCACCCCGGCCUCCACCAGCACGGCCAGCAGCCAGGCCUCACAGGAGGGCAGCUCACCCGAGCCCCCGCCCGAGGCACAUAGCAGCAGCCUGGCGGACCACGAGUACACCGCGGCCGGAGCCUUUGCAGGGGCCCAGGCUGGCCGUGCCUCCCAGCCCAUGGCCCCUGGGGUCUUCCUCUCGCAGAGGCGGCCCUCCGCAUCAUCCCCCAACAACACUGCUGCCAAAGGAAAACGUACAAAGAAGGGCAUGGCCACCGCCAAGCAGAGGCUUGGAAAAAUUUUGAAAAUUCAUCGGAACGGAAAACUGCUCCUUUAAAGUUUGGAAAGCCAGGAUCCUUCUGCUCCGCUCAGGACCCCCGGAGCCCCGCUAGAACAUCAGCCCCCAGGAGGGUGGCCACGCUGCCUCACCCGGGGGAGGGCCUGGCCCCCUCCCGGCCACCACUCCCCCCAUAUGAGCAUCUGUUGCUUCAGAGGCGGAGCUCACCAAUGUGGACAGACGUCCUUUCUCAAGUUGCUUAGAGUGACCAGUUCCCGAAACUCGGCCCUGCCUGUUUGAGGACCAUUCCAGUUUCAGGAGAGCCUCCGGGCACCCCUGAGUGUGGGUGUGAUCACAGGGCUUCUGCAGCUCUGCAGGAGCACGAGUCCUUCGAGGAAGGAGUGAGCCAGUGCUCACCAGGCCCAGAGUCUGAGCUGGCCACAGGCUGGUAGCCUCCAGAGGCUUAAAAAAGGCAAAGAACACUAGAGAGGAAGAGGAGGAGAAAAUGGGGUAUUAUGUGCCCCCCUACUCUUCCCAAGUGAUUCUCAGACAGUCCAGAGAGUGUGCGGCCCGGCCAGGAGAGGGGCCUCUGUGCUCCCCGGCCGGCGGGUGGCGGGCCGGAUGGUGGGUGUUGUGCCCUGAAUGGCCAGGGUCUUUCUCGGGACGCUGGGGCCGGCAGCAGGGUCCGUGUGUUAGUGGGUGGGGGCGCCAUCAUGGGGUCUCCCCAGAAGGGUUGGGCCCAGCCGUGAUGUGGGGCCUGGUGGCCCGGGCUAAGCCAUGAGGGUGGGCCCAACGCUGCCCCACGGGCUACGCUCCGAGAAGCACUUCUCAGCUGAGGCACCCCGCCUGGCGGGGUGGAUGGCGACGGGGCGGCCCGAGGACGCGGGGCCCGGCACGUCUGUCUUGUCAUCUGUCCGUGUUUUGUGUCGAGUCCCCGGGUGGACCCCAGACCGAACGUCCGCCCGUCGACACGGAGGGGCUGGAGUUGUUUCUCAGGCAAUCCUGUAUUUUAAUUUUAGAUGUAUCUCCUGAAGCAUAUUUUUCAUAGAAUGUAGCGUGUAAAUAGCUUUUUAAAUAACUUCUUUUUUAUAAGAGUAAAAGUAUCCUUAGGGAUUUCUUUCUAGAGAGUCUGUCAUUAACAUUUAUACGAGUUUUUUGCCGAGUAUGACGAACACUUGGGUUUGCCUCCUUCUUUCUGUUUACUGUUCCCGUUGGUGUUACUUUCUUCUUUUAGGAACUAAGGUAUUGCCUGAAAAACACGUGUCCCUGGAGUCUUCUGUCUGUCUGGGCGGCAGCGAGCCGCGCGAGAUGGGAGAGGCCUCCACGCGGACGCCAGCUCUUUGUUUCCUUCUCGUUGGCGAAGGGGGUGGGGAUGCAGUUAUUUUACUUAGCACCUUGUGAAGUGUUUCUGUGUUUUGUGAUGCUGUAAUUUAUUAAUGUUUGUAGCUUUUUAUAUUUGUACAUUUCUUAUGAGCUUGGUUUAUACGCCCAUCCCUGGGCGCCGAGUCCGCGAGGCCCGGCCCCAAGGCUGGCGGGCAAGCUCGCUGGGCGCCGGCCGCGCCCGCUGUGCCGUCCCGGCGUCCCCGAGGCUUCCUUUCCCGUCCUCGUUGAACAUUUAUAUACUCUAACCCGGCCAUCAAGCUGUUCUCUCUCUCUCUCUUUUAUUUUUUAAAGUUUAUUAUUAUUAUUAUUUGGCAACAUGUACAUUUCUAACAAAGUUUACCGUGGCUAUUAAAGUGUUUUAUUUCCCAAUUCAUAUU